GCGCGGGCGCGGCGGGCGGCGUGGUCCCCAUGGAGCUGCUGUAGCGGUGGUGGCGCCGCGGCCAGGUCUGCGAUGAGCUCUGCGGAGGCCGACCGCUGGGCGUGGCUGCUGGUGCUCAGCUUCGUGUUUGGGUGUAAUGUCCUCCGGAUCCUCCUCCCGUCCUUCUCCUCCUUCAUGUCCAGGGUGCUGCAGAAGGACGCAGAGCAGGAGGCGCAGAUGAGAGCGGAGAUCCACGGGAUGAAGCAAGAGCUCUCCACUGUCAACAUGAUGGACGAGUUCGCCAGAUACGCCAGACUGGAGAGAAAGAUCAACAAGAUGACCGAUAAGCUCAAAACUCACGUGAAAGCACGGACAGCUCAAUUAGCCAAGAUAAAAUGGGUUAUAAGUGUUGCUUUCUACCUAUUGCAAGCUGCACUGAUGAUCUCACUUAUUUGGAAGUAUUAUUCUGUCCCUGUGGCUGUGGUGCCAAGUAAAUGGAUAACUCCACUUGAUCGCCUGGUAGCAUUUCCUACUAGAGUAGCAGGUGGCAUUGGAAUUACUUGUUGGAUUUUAGUCUGUAACAAAGUUGUGGCUAUUGUGCUUCACCCUUUCAGCUGAAAAGGAAGACUACAGGACUUUUUAUUUUGAAUAGAAGUGGUGAGAGUAGACAGCCUUGUCUUGCUCUUCAUCUUGGGGGCAGGGAACAGCUAUAAGACUUUUAAAAUGGAUUUUCUCUUAUUGGGUUAAAAAUCUUAUUUCCACUCCUUUUUUUUUAAGAAACAAAAGUGCAUGUUAGCUUUUUGUUUUAACAUGUUUGUUCUUGGGGUUUAUGUGCAAUUCUUAUGUAAGAAACACAAUCUUGUACUCUUGUCUUUGAGCCAGAAAGGUCAAUCAGUGUUUGACAAGUGUGUACCAACUAACAGAAUAUCAGGUUCAUAAAUAAUGGGUAUCAUUGCAGAGCGUCUGCGUGCUGCUUCUCCUGAUUUGCACGCUUGGCAUCUCUUUGGCUCAGAUUGCCAGCUGGAAAGUCACAAUUUUCUAACAACUGCAGUGCUUUGAAGAUUUAAUACUAUUUUUACUCCAGAUUAGAAAGUGACUUAAUUUUAGUACCACUACUAGAAUUCGAUAAUUUGUUUUUUAACCUCAUAUGGUAGAACUAAAACAGUAACACUAACUGAUAUUGCUUGUGCUUUUUUCUUCCUCUGUUUAAAAUGUCAUUUUUGGGGUAAGCGUUUGCUGCCAUGGUAUUAUCUACUUAUUUGAAACUGUUAAUUUUUCACUGUGUUUUAUAAAUGUAUUAAUGAGACCAUAA